CAAGCUCCAGUCUCAACUCAGCGAUUGGGACCUUGGUAGCUGGCCCGUCAUGGCUGUGCGUCUUAGCCGCCGCUUGUUGAGCGUGCCCGCCAUCAAGGAUUUUGCUCAGUACGAGGCAAUCAAGACGUCCAAGGCCCCUAUGAUGGUGGGGUUCUUCUCCGGCCACUGGAGCAUGGCCGGCAAGAUGUACAAGGAGCAGUUCCAGGCGAUGGCGAACUCCUACCCCAAGUACAGCUUCUAUACCUGCGAUGUCGACGAUGCUCCCUUGGCAGCCUACGAUGCGGAGGUGACGGAGGUGCCCAGCGUGGUGAUCCAGCCCCUGGGCCUCAAGCCAGAUGGCUCCUACUACGACAAGACAGACAUGGUGGUGGUUGCGCCAGAGCUGGCCAAGUUCGAUCAGGUUCUUUCCCGGGCCAAGGCGGCGGUGGAUUCCAUCGAGGUGCUGGAGGACGAGGGCGAGAGGCAGCCGUGGCAGUUCGACCCAGCCACAGGUACGACCUUGCCACCGCACAAGUGAGGCUGUCACAGAACCAGCAACACAUUUCAAACACAGACCGUUUUGUCACGCGAGCCACAAGUUCCC